AUGGUGGCUGAAUAUCCAAUCCGCGUCCAGUUUCAGUUGUUGCCGAUUGGUCCCCGGGUUGUUUACUGUCUCCAUGGAAACGGCGGGAAACAGAUUCCGGAAGCAGUGGAGAAGAGAGAUUAUCACCGAGAGAGGGAGGAGGUUUUCAGCGGAGCUGACAUGUCCUGUUAUCCAGUCCGGGGGCUCCCACCCCAACCGGGGAACAGUUACCGAGAUCCGACGGUAUGGAGCAAGUAUGCAGAGAAACUGUCUGACUUCACCAAACCCCCGAAUAUUCAGGCAGCACUGCAGUGCUUGAAUGAGCUGAUAACCAAUGCCCUGCAGCAUGUCCCAGAUGUUAUCAAGUACUUAUCUCGGCUCCACAAUCAGAGUGUCUUCAACUUCUGUGCCAUUCCACAGGUGAUGGCUAUUGCCACAUUGGCUGCCUGUUAUAACAAUCCUCAGGUUUUCCGUGGUGUGGUGAAGAUCCGGAAAGGCCAGGCUGUCACACUGAUGCUGGAGGCGACUAACAUGGAGGCCGUGAAAGGAAUGAUUCGGCAGUAUACUCAAGUGAUUGGACAGAAAGUUCCAGGUGCAGGGAGCUCUGGAGCCAGGACACAGCAGAUUGUGGUGAAGGUGGAAUCUCUGAGCCAAUGUGAUGGGGAGCUGAUGUCGCGCAGUCACCUCUCGCCAAUCUACCUGUCCUUAGCCAUGUUCCUGGCCGCAGUUAGCUGGCAAUACUGGCAGGCCCUGACUUGCAGCUCAGAGAAAGUUGCUGAUCAGGGGACAACAGUUCAAAAUUUACACAGGAGGGUGUGAACUGGACUGAGCUACAGGAGCAACACUAAACUUCAUGGAUUGCACCUGCUCUUGAGAGGGAACUGAAACACAACUCCAAACAGUAAGAGGAAGAGGAGGAGCCAAAUAGAUGGGAUCUAAAACCCUCCGUCACCGCAAACAGAAAGCAGUCCCUUCUGUACUGGUCACUGACUGAGGCUGAAUUAUUUCAUCACAAAUCACAGAAAAUGAUUUCAGUCAGCCUUUUUUUUUACCCAGUAACUGAUAUUCCUAAUGUCCAAGAUGAGGAUUUAGGCAAUUAAAAACAAAGUUUCAGCAGUAUUUGGAUUAUGGUGCAACCUGUGCCUGUGUAGUAGGUCUAAAAUCCCAGUAUGCAUCGUACAGUUUGGGGAUUUUUUCCUUGCCUGCUGGUAAUCACAGCUCAGUUACUUUUCCAAAUCAUUUGAAGCAAAGCUACAAGAAAUUUCAGAAACUUUAUUCAGAUAAAAUGUAUUUUGAGUUUGUUUAAAAUAGUGUGUUAGUGUGUAACACUUAGCGUACUGAACAGAGAGGGGGAGACAAAUGGUGAAAGAAACAAAGCGAUAAGCAAGAGAGAUUGUCAUAGCUGAGAACCAGUUACUGUGUAUUAAAAGAAGCUUGUUAAAA